UCUAUUGAAUGUUUAUCCUAACAAGUUGAAUAAAUAUUAUCAAGCUUCAAAAUGGUUGGUCGAGCAUGUUUGGUUGUCAAUGGGACAUCAACAUUACAAAUUUUGAAAAAAGAUUUGGGGAUUUUUUUGUCUUUUCGGGUCCAAAAUGUGGAUUAUAAUUGGUCAGUGAAGAAAACAACAGUUUAGACAUGAAGUUCAAGGUUUCCUGAAAAAAGGGACCCAACCUGGCCAUUGUAAACAAUUUUUUCUUUGAAAUAUAAAGGUAAUAUCAAAUGCAUGGAAAUUCGGCCAAAAUAGGCUUAGGUGUUAAAGGGUUAAAGGGUGACGGUUAUUGGGCCGAAUGGCUCUGCCAAUGAUGUGUCCGUUAUUUUUCUUUUUUUAAACCUAAUAUCCAGACCGCCCUUACCUUAACCCCCAGGCCAACAUCUAAUCAUCACCAUCAUUACCGCAGUUUUUUCCAACAACCACUUUCCUACUAACAUGUCUAACGUGGUACAAAUCAGCAUAAUGUGCUACAAUGAAGAAACCAGACAAAUGGAUCACAAAACAAAUGUUGUAAUUUUACUUCUAAUUUCCACAAUAUACACACACUUAGUAGGCCUUACAAUGAAUUCUAACUGUGACCUUGAUUCCAGCUAUGGGUAGAUUUUUUAAUUUUUUAUUCAGUUCAGUGGGAACCUGAUUUUGUAGUACAUGUUUCUAUCAGGACUCAUUUAGUAACGGAGCCAUUACCACAUUUAAAUGGAUGAAACUAGAAAUGUUUGUGUACAGCCAAAGACAAAGCAUAUGAGCUUCCGGUACCCUACAGAUAUUAUUUUAGUACCACCCACCUUCGGCGCUUCGCCCCAGUUCAACUUGUUAAGGCAGAAGCAAAGGGACCAUUAAACCUCACCACCACCUCCACAUGAAAUGAAUGAAGGCACACAGAUUUGCUUCAGAGCUACGGGAGAUGAGCAGACAGACUCGCCACAGGCCAAGCUCGUUUGACAAGUCCCUUGACUCUGACGUCUUAUGGAGUCGAACUGCAAACACACGUGCACAAACAUGCUAACAAGCUGACACUGCUGGAGGUGACAGACAAGUAACUCAACACAACCAAAGUGCAUAAGAUAAAAUGGAUUUUCCUUGUGUGCACAUGCACAGGUGUUGCCACUCAUGCCAGUAAACAAAGAUGUACAAAAUCUUGACUCCAUCAUCACCAACAAACCAUUUCUAGAUCAUAAAGGGACUACACCUGAACUCAGCGAUGUUCUGCUGCUGCUGAUGGAGGUAAAACGAUGACAAAGGGGAGGUCUGGUGGGCGUGGAGUCCACAUUGCCUAGCGGUGAUUUGACAACGGGUGCUUUUCCACACGCUCCACCAUCAGUGUGCUGCUGCGUUUGAAGACAGGGGGAAGCCGGUCUGAAGCUUCUCGUCAGGCCGCCACACUCGUCACUCUUCCCCCACAUGGAGCUGUAGUAGUGCGAGCAUACACACUUCAUCAAGGGGAUUAUUUUAUUUCACUUUUUAAAUUUCCCGAUCAAAGUUCGUGCACCACCAGCGCGGACGAUCACCAUGGAGACGCAAAGGCGGCCCGCCAGGUGGAGGACGAAAAGGUGGCUAUGGGAGUCCACGCUGGCCGUCAUCGUUGUUUUAAUCCAGCAAACUGUCUCUGUCAGAGCAGCUGAGCCAGUGGAUGUGCUGAAGGCUCUGGACUUCAAGAGCUCACCAGUAGGCGUCAAGAAAACUCCUGGAUUCUGCACGAUGCGCCGAGGCUCCAAACCCGACAUUGCGUACCGAGUGAGCAAGAAUGCUCAGAUUAGCGCUCCAACCAAACAGCUCUUCCCAGGCGGAGUUUUCCCAGAAGACUUUUCCAUCAUGUUCACCAUCAAGGCAAAAUCAGGCCUGCAGUCCUUCCUGUUGUCGGUGUACAACGAGCAGGGCAUCCAACAGCUGGGUGUGGAGGUGGGCCGUGCGCCUAUCUUCCUGUACGAAGACCAGCACGGAAAGCCAGUCCCUGAGGAGUACCCUCUUUUCCGCUCCAUCAACCUGGCAGACGGCAAGUGGCAUCGUGUGGCCAUCAGUGUGGAGGGGAAGCGUGUCACCAUGAUUGUGGAUUGUAAAAGAAAGGUUACCAAGACUCUAGCCAGGGGUGAAAAAGCGGCUAUCAACACGCAAGGCAUCACCGUCUUUGGCACCAGAAUCCUGGACGAUCAAGUCUUCGAGGGUGACAUCCAGCAGCUGCUGAUCGUGGCAGACCCCAGGGCUGCCUAUGACUACUGUGAACACUACAGCCCUGACUGUGAAACCCCCAACCACCAGGACACGCCUCAGGCUCAAGAACCUGAAGAAGAGUACACUAACUAUGAUUAUGGUGAGCUAUAUGACUACAGCGAAGGAGCACUUACCACUGAACCUGCCCCAACUGAAGGAGCCAAGACUGAGACCGUCGUAGACGGUGACUAUUUCACUGAUUAUGACUACACCAUUGUGGACGGAAGUCAACCUGAAACUCCUACAGCAGGCCAGACAUACGAAGAGGGAAAUGUCGACGAUUACGUCACUGGUGUGGAACAGGUCGGGGCAGACCCCACUCCAGCUGUGGAAACUGUCGCCCCAGUAAACCCCAAUGAGAAUGUGAAGGGUAGCACCGACACUUACGAAUUCAGGGAAUACGACCUCAAUGAAGGGGAGGAGACUCAUGAGACACCCAUUGAGUAUGGCGACUAUGGUGACUACGGCACAACAACUGACACCAAGGUCUCCACGGGUGAGGAAGAGUUCGGCCCUGGUGUUCCUGCUGAAACCGACUACAGGGAGAGUGGCGUGGGAGGAAGCCAAAGUUACCUGGGAGAGAAAGGAGAGAAGGGAGAACCCGCCGUCAUUGAGCCAGGGAUGCUUAUAGAAGGACCCCCAGGAUCCCCCGGCCAAGCAGGUGUCCCUGGUACCCCAGGACUGCCGGGUCCCCCAGGGCCCCAUGGAGAUAUUGGCCCGAGGGGUCCUCCAGGACGACCUGGAAUUCCAGGUUCUGACGGUGUCCCUGGGCCUGCAGGUACCAUUCUGAUGCUUCCAUUCCGAGGAGGCGGUGAGGCACACAAAGGACCUGUGGUGACUGCACAACAGGCUCAAGCGCAGGCCAUCCUUUCCCAGGCUAGGCUGGCCAUGAGAGGUCCGCCAGGGCCGGCGGGCAUGGCGGGACGGUCCGGUCCUGUGGGUGGUCCUGGUGCUCCCGGUCUUAAAGGGGACAGCGGCGAUAACGGACCACAGGGCCCCAGAGGUCUUCAGGGUCCAACUGGCCCCCCAGGAAAGGCAGGAAAGAGGGGCCGUAACGGAGCUGAUGGUGCACGGGGAAUGCCAGGAGAGCCCGGAACCAAGGGCGACCGAGGUUUUGACGGCCUUCCCGGUCUACCCGGAGAGAAGGGUCAUCGUGGGGAACAUGGUCCGACAGGGCCUCCAGGGCCUCCAGGAGAAGACGGGCCAAGAGGAGAAGAUGGCCAGGUUGGACAGAGAGGUGUGGCUGGAGAGGGCGGUCCCCGAGGUUUGCUUGGCCCCAGAGGUUCUGCGGGUCCUGCAGGACAGCGCGGUCUUCCUGGACUUGACGGGCAAGCAGGUCCCAAAGGAAACAUGGGUGUACAAGGAGAGCCAGGUCCUCCCGGACAGCAGGGCUUGCCUGGUCCUCAUGGUCUUAUUGGGCCUCAAGGUCCAAUCGGGCCUCCUGGUGAAAAAGGACCUCAAGGUAAACAGGGUUUGGCCGGCCUGGCUGGUGCCGAUGGACCUCCUGGUCACCCAGGUAAAGAAGGUCCCGCCGGAGAGAAAGGAGCAGCUGGUUUCCCCGGACCAAUGGGAUCCAUCGGUUACCCCGGGCCCCGUGGCGUGAAAGGAGCAGAGGGAAUCCGAGGUCUAAAAGGUGGCAAAGGAGAAAAGGGAGAAGAUGGCUUCCCUGGCUUCAAGGGUGACAUGGGCCUUAAGGGUGACAAGGGUGAGGGGGGUGUAAUGGGACCCCGAGGAGAGGAUGGACCUGAGGGACCAAAGGGCACAUCAGGGCCAAAUGGCGAGACUGGACCUAUUGGUUCAGCUGGAGAGAAGGGAAAGCUUGGAGUUCCUGGCUUGCCCGGGUACCCUGGAAGACAAGGUUCCAAAGGCUCUAAUGGCUUCCCCGGUUUCCCCGGCUCUAACGGAGAGAAAGGCGCAAGGGGAGUUGCUGGCAAAUCUGGACCUCGAGGCCAGCGCGGCCCCACGGGUCCACGUGGUGGGCGUGGUGCCAGAGGACCUACAGGAAAACCAGGAGCAAAGGGUACCUCAGGCAGUGAUGGACCCUCAGGACCACCAGGAGAGAGGGGUCCUCAAGGACCACAGGGACCUGUAGGCUUCCCCGGACCAAAGGGACCCAAUGGUCCAGCAGGAAAAGACGGACUGCCAGGACACCCAGGACAGAGAGGAGAGACAGGCUUCCAAGGAAAGACCGGACCACCAGGCCCUGGGGGCGUUGUUGGACCUCAAGGUCCUACCGGAGAGACUGGUCCCAGUGGAGAACGAGGACACCCAGGUUCCCCGGGCCCACCUGGAGAGCAAGGUUUACCAGGUGCUGCUGGAAAAGAGGGCGGAAAGGGAGAUCCAGGUCCUCAGGGGCCCGGCGGCAAUCCAGGUCCUGCUGGUCUCCGGGGCUUCCAGGGGGCAAGAGGUCUUCCAGGCGCCAAUGGUCCAGGUGGCUUAAAAGGAGGAGAAGGGCCCCAGGGUCCCCCUGGCCCCAUUGGUUCCCCCGGUGAGAGGGGUGCCGCUGGCCCCGGCGGUCCCAUUGGCUUGACUGGACGCAACGGUCCCCAAGGACCACCAGGCCCUGCUGGCGAAAAGGGAGCACCCGGAGAGAAAGGUCCCAUGGGUCCUGCUGGCCGCGAUGGCAUCCAAGGUCCUGUCGGUCUCCCCGGUUCGGCCGGACCGCAGGGCCCACCCGGAGAGGACGGUGACAAGGGAGAAGUUGGUGGUCCAGGACAGAAGGGAGGGAAAGGAGACAAGGGCGAACUCGGUCCACCUGGCCCAAGUGGACUUCAGGGUGUGAUCGGAGCUCCUGGUCCAGCUGGUAGCGAUGGCGAGGCGGGCCCCCGAGGACAGCAGGGAAUGUUUGGCCAGAAAGGAGACGAAGGAUCUCGAGGCUUCCCCGGUCUUCCGGGACCCGUCGGAUUGCAGGGUUUGCCCGGCCCUCCUGGUGAGAAGGGAGAAAAUGGAGACGUUGGAGCCAUGGGUCCUCCUGGACCUCCAGGUCCCCGUGGCCCCCAGGGACCAGGUGGAGCUAGUGGAGCUCAAGGCCCCCCGGGUGGUAUUGGAGGACCAGGAGCAGUUGGCGAGAAGGGAGAAACAGGCGAGGCUGGCAACCCAGGAUCACCUGGAGAACCAGGUUCAGCAGGCCUUCGCGGAGAAACUGGCGAGAAGGGAGAAGCCGGACCACCUGGUGCUGCAGGACCUGCCGGGGCACGUGGACCUUCUGGAGAUGAUGGUCCCAAGGGUAACCCUGGCCCUGUUGGCUUCCCCGGAGACCCUGGUCCCCCUGGUGAGCCAGGUGCUGCUGGCCUUGACGGUUUAGGAGGUGACAAGGGAGACGACGGAGAGCCUGGUCAACCUGGUCCCCCAGGUCCUUCUGGAGAGGCCGGAGUACCAGGACCUCCAGGCAAACGUGGACCCAUUGGACCGGCGGGACAGGAAGGACGACAAGGAGAGAAAGGAUCCAAGGGUGAAGCUGGAGCUGAGGGACCACCUGGAAAGACCGGCCCCGUGGGAGCCCAGGGACCUGUAGGAAAGUCAGGUGCCGAGGGUCUACGAGGAAUUCCAGGCCCUGUUGGCGAGCAAGGACUUCCUGGUGCCUCUGGAAAAGAUGGCCCUCCUGGACCUCUUGGACCACCUGGACUUCCUGGUAUGAAAGGCGACUCUGGAUUCAAGGGAGAGAAGGGUCACCCAGGUCUCAUCGGUCUGAUUGGACCUCCUGGAGAGUCAGGAGAGAAGGGAGACAGAGGUCUGCCAGGACCACAGGGCUCCUCUGGUGGCAAGGGUGAAUCUGGUAUUAUGGGCACUCAAGGUCCUCUGGGUCCCCCUGGUCCUCCUGGUAUUCCUGGAGCUCAUGGACAAAAAGGCUCCAAGGGAGCAAUUGGUGCAGCUGGUCAAAAAGGAGACCCUGGAUUGAUAGGACCACCUGGACCCCCUGGCCCGACAGGUGACAUCAUCCAGUCACUGCCCAUCCAGCACGUGUCCAGAAAGAACAGGCGACACGCUGAGGAGCAAGGAGAUGAAGCAGCGGCUGACUAUGCCGUCGAUGGCCUGGCUAUGGAGGACGUGUUUGGCUCUCUCAACAACCUCAAGCAGAACAUCGAACGCAUGAAGUUCCCGCUGGGCACUGCUGACAACCCUGCCCGUACCUGCAAUGACCUGCGCCUCAGCCAGCCUGACUUCCCAGAUGGUGAAUACUGGAUCGACCCCAACCAGGGUUGCAUUGGAGACGCCAUCAAAGUGUUCUGUAAUUUCACGGCGGGCGGAGAGACGUGUAUCAACCCAGACAAGAAGUCCUCAGGGGUCAGAAUAUCCAACUGGCCCAAGGAGACGCCUGGUUCCUGGUUCAGUGAAUUCAAACGUGGAAAAAUUCUCAACUAUGUGGACGUAGCCGAGAACAGCAUCAACGCAGUGCAGAUGACCUUCUUGAAGCUGUUGAGCUCGUCGGCGCGCCAGAAUUUUUCAUACGUGUGCCACCAGUCGGCGGCCUGGUACGAUGCCAAGGCCGACAACUACGAGAAGGCUCUGCGCUUCCUAGGCUCCAACGAUGAGGAAAUGUCGUACGACAACAGCCCUUUCAUCAAGCCACUCAUCGACGGCUGCGCGUCUAAGCAGGGCUACUCCAAGACAGUUCUGGAGAUCAACACCCCUCGCAUCGACCAGCUGCCCAUCCUUGACGUCAUGCUCACCGACUUUGGCGACUCCAACCAGAGGUUUGGCUUCGAAGUGGGCCCUGUCUGCUUCCUCGGCUAGACGACCCCCAGAGACCCCUCCCGCCUUACGGCCCCAGCCCCUUACCCUCUACCCAAACCCCACUUACCGCCGACGGACAAAGUCGGAGGGCACAAAGCAAAGAAGACGAGAGAAAGUUUGGAGUGUGUCGUGGCCUCUUGUGGGGCUGUGAGCACCUGACUGAAAAGCAGAGUCAAGGGGAAAAAAAGGACUUUUAAUGCCGUGGCGGGCGGACAUGCGCUCGACCAAAGACGUGCGUUCGCGCAAAACACUCAAGGUGCUACACAAAUUGCUUUUGAUGAUACUGUAAUUAUUAUAAUAAUUAUUAUUUUGUACAAUAUUGUGCCUUUCUGAAUCCACCAUCCUUAGAAACUUUGCAUGUGUCCCAGUUCUUAAAUUUUAUUUCCCUGGUCCCGCUCUGUUUAAAAGUUAAGAAAAUAUACAACCAGGACCUACAAUACAUUUGACCAAAUUUGUAAGUAAGAAAAUGUUUGUAAAUAAAAUUGCCUUAUAUGACAACAAGCAAAACAGCAACACAAAAGAAAUUUUAGUGUUUUUUUAAUGACUUAAUGGGGAAAGUCAAGCCAUAAUAAAGGAAAUAAAUAGUAAUAUAAAUAUUGUCAGAAAGUUCUUGUCCUUCUCACCUCAACCAAACAUGGGCCAUAUUUGUCUGUUCUAAAAUACAUUACAGUUUUUUGUUACAAGAAAUUUUCAUUAAGGUCAAUUUCCCACAAAAGUUAUUGACAUAAUGUGUGCCUUUUAAGAAUGAUUAA